UCAUCAUACAGUACAUCGUUCGCUCCCACUCUGCAUCUUUUACUACUCAGCUCAUACGUCUAGUACUUGAUCUAGCAAAUGGCGACAUCGAGAACUCUCGCGCUUGUCUACGCACUGCCACUCCUCGCUCUCCUCUUGACUUCGCACUGUAUCAGCGCGUCUGCUGACGUUGCCCUCGCCGACUUUUCCUCGGGUGUCGUCCCUAGCAAUGAAGGCGACUUAGCCCAUCCAGGCGUCUCCAGCUCGGCAGUGCCAACGUCGACGCGGCGCGUGCUGGGCAGCGACGAGGAGAAGGCGAAGGACGAGGAGAAGAAGCGCAAGAAGGCGGAGAAGAAGGCGGCGGACAAGGCCAAGAAGGCGGCGGACAAGGCCGCCAAGAAGGCCAAGAGCUCCAAGUCUCCGCCGCCCGCCGAGCCCUCGCCGUCCCCGCCCGCCCCGUCGACCCCGCCGUCCGCCACCACCACCAAGUCCCCCAAGUCCCCCAAGACGCCCAAGACCCCCGCCGCUUCCCCCCCCUCUCCGCCGACCACAAAGACCGGAAAGUCCCCCGAGACUCCCCCGGCCCCCGCCGCGGGCGCGAAGGCUCCACCGAAGAAGCCGAGCGCGCAGGACGUGAGCGUGACGGCGGACCUGACGGCGGCGGCGAAGCUGGUUGACGAGGCGAAGGCGGUGCUGACGGUGAAGACGUACGUGAAGAGCUUGACGGACACCGCGCAGGCGCUGCGCAACGCGGGCAUCCUGAUCACGCAGGGGCAGCGCGCGCUGGUGCCGGGGCAGAUCACGAACGCCAUCUCCACCAUCAAGGGUGUCUCCGUUAUGCUCAAACCCGCUACCGAUAAGGCCACGCUCGGCCUGCUCAAGUCCGCUCAAGCCAAGGCGGAAACCGCCCAGGCCGCGUUCAAACCCUAGUAGGGCGGAUCCUACCCUGCGGGGGCCCCUCGCGCCAUCUGCUUCUGCGGCGCUUGCGACGGCCGUGCGGGUGGUGCGGGGGAUUCCCCGCGCGCGGACAACAAGAGCCAGGAACCCAGCUCGGCUCUGUUCAAUGCAUUUAUACUUAGGACUUAGGCCAACCUAUGCUAAUUCUGUCUACACCCCUUUAUUCGUAUUCCCAGAAAUAUUCUGUUGAAGAAAUCAAUUUCAACUAG